AUGGCGGAGGAGGUGGCGCGCUCGCGGCAGUAUGCGUACCAGCAGAACUCCAACCUGGUGCUGCAGGCGGACAGCGAGUCGCGGCGGCGGCCCGACGAGCCCACGGGCGAGGUGGAGUCUCUGGCGGGCAAGAUCAGCUACCGCAUGGGCGACCGCGCGCAGAAGGCCACGCCGCAGAGCAGCCGCAAGCGCCACGCCGCGGGCGACAAGGACGGCGACCAUACAAAGUCCAAGAGGAAGAAGAAGCGGCGCGAGGACGACGCGGACGGCGGCGUGCUCUUCACGGCCGCCGGGGGCCUGGCCGCCGCCAAGAGUAAUAUUCUAAAGGAGAGUUCGGCCUUCGAGGCGGCCGCGUACCGGCCCAAGAGCGCCGCCAGCCAGGACGCGUACGAGCAGAUCCUGGGCGUCGUGGCGCAGCAGCUGGGCGCGCAGCCGGGCGAGAUCCUGGCGGGCGCGGCCGAGGAGGUGCUGGCCAUCCUCAAGAGCGACGCGUACCGGGACGACGAGAAGCACAAGGAGGUGCAGAAGCUGCUCAAGGCCAUCCCAGCGCACACUUUCAGCCAGCUGGUGGCCGCGGGCAAAAGGAUCACGGACUUUUCCCCCGAGAAUGGGGACAAGAAGGCGGCGGACGACGAGCACAAGGCCGAGGACAGCGACGCUGAGGUGGACAAGGAGAUGGGCGUGGCCGUGGUCUUUGACGAGGAAGAUGAAGAGGAAGAGUCCGAUCUGGAUGAAGUGAGGGACGAAGAGGAGGAUGACGACGAAGAAGAAGAGGAGGGCGGACAGAACGCCUCGGCCGGACGCGGAGCCAUGAAGAUGAAGGACGGAUACGAGGACGAAGACGACGCCGACGCCAAGUACCGACUGGACGUGCACGCCAUCGACGCCUUCUGGCUGCAGCGCGAGCUGUCCAAGUUCUACAAGGACGCCGAGAUCAGCGCCAAGCUGGCGGAGGACGUGCUGAGCAUCCUGAAGGAGGCCGGCAGCGACCUCAGCGCGUGCGAGAACAGGCUGGUGCUGCUGCUGGACUACGACAAGUUCGACUUCAUCAAGCUGCUGCUCGAGAACCGAGCCAAGGUGCUCUACUGCACGCGGCUCAAGCAGGCGCAGAACGACGACGAGCGCCGCAGCAUCGAAGAGGAGAUGGUCGCGGACGAGACGCUGGAUGACGGCGAAGGCAAGACCAUCCUGGACCAGUUGCGCUCGACGGCGUCCGCCGACUCGUGGAUGCAGGACCGUAUCGGCGCCAUGGAGACCACGUCCCGCGCGGAGGCGAAUAAGCUCCGCAAGCUGCAGCAAAAGUCGGGAGGACAGCGCGGGCAGACUCUUGGCGAUGAAUCGGACGAUGACGUCGACAUGGAGGACACCAACAUGGAGGCUGUCAAGGCCGAAGGGGAAGGUGCGCCCAAGAAGAAGCCUCAGCAUUACGUCGAUGUCGAGUCGCUCGCUUUCCAGGAGGGUGGUCACCUGAUGAGCAACCGCGAGUGCCGCCUCCCUGAGGGCACCUGGCGUGCGCAGAAGAAGGGCUAUGAAGAGGUUCACGUCCCAGCCGUUCGCACGAAGAUGGCUGUUGUUGAAGAGAAGGCACGCAUCAAGAUCUCGACGCUGCCGAAGUGGGCGCAGGGCGCGUUCAAGAACAUGGAGUCGCUAAACCGCGUGCAGUCCAAGAUGUUCCCCGCUGCAUUUGAGACGAGUGAGAACCUGCUGCUGUGUGCACCCACGGGUGCUGGUAAGACGAACGUCGCAAUGUUGACGAUUUUGCACGAGGUGAUGAAGGCUCGUGACCCGGAGACCGGGGAAAUCGAUCUCAACUCGUUUAAGAUUGUGUACGUGGCUCCGAUGAAGGCUCUGGUGCAAGAAGUGGUGCUGAACCUAUCGGCCAGAUUGUCCAGUGCGUACGGCAUUCAAGUGCGUGAGCUGUCAGGUGACCAGAACUUGUCUCGGGAGCAGUUGUUUAACACACAGAUCAUUGUCACGACGCCCGAGAAGUGGGAUAUUAUCACGCGAAAGUCUGGAGAUGACCGCACCUACACGCAGCUCGUGCGCCUGGUGAUCAUUGAUGAGAUUCACUUGCUUCACGACACACGUGGUCCAGUGCUGGAAGCCCUCGUCGCGCGUACCAUCAGAAACGUCGAAGCGACUCAGCAAAUGGUGCGAUUGGUGGGUCUUUCGGCCACCUUGCCAAACUACGAAGAUGUGGCGGCGUUCCUUCGUGUAGACCCCGCGCAGGGACUGUUCUACUUCGACUCCAGUUACCGUCCGGUGCCGUUGCAGCAGCAGUACAUUGGUAUCAUGGAGAAGAAGGCGGUCAAGCGCUUUGCGUUGAUGAACGAGAUCUGUUACGAAAAGGUGAUGGAGCAGGCUGAGCUGGACAACCAGGUGCUGAUUUUCGUGCACUCGCGAAAGGAGACUGCGUCGACUGCGCAGGCGUUGCGGGACCUGUUUGUGGAAAACGAUACUCUUGCUCGAUUGAUCCGGCCGAACUCUGCCUCGAGCGAGGUGCUUCUGCAAGAGGCCGAGAAAAUCGAACGCAAUGACGAUUUGAAGGAUCUGCUUCCCUACGGUUUCGGUAUUCACCACGCUGGUAUGAAGCGCCAAGACCGUACACUUGUGGAAAAUGCGUUUGCCGAUGGACAUCUGAAGGUGUUGGUCAGCACGUCGACGCUUGCGUGGGGUGUCAAUUUGCCGGCUCACACGGUGAUUAUCAAGGGCACCCAGAUCUACAACGCUGAGAAGGGCGACUGGUGCGAGCUGAGUCCGCUCGAUAUUCUGCAAAUGUUGGGUCGUGCUGGUCGUGUGCAGUUCGACACGCAGGGUGAAGGCAUCAUCAUUACGCAGCACUCGCAGUUGACUUACUACUUGUCGCUGAUGAACCAGCAGCUUCCGGUGGAAUCGCAGCUGAUGGGGAAGCUGGCUGACAACCUGAACGCAGAAAUUGUGGUGGGUAGCGUGCAGAACGUGGCUCAAGCGGCGACGUGGCUGGGCUAUACGUAUUUAUUCAUCCGUAUGCUGCGCAACCCUACGUUGUACGGUAUCUCCAUCGCCGACCGCAAGGCCGAUCCGACGUUGCUGCAGUACCGCACUGACUUGGUGCACUCGGCUGCGACACUGCUAGCGAAGCACAACUUGAUUAAGUACGAGCGCCGCUCAGGAUUGUUCCAGGUGACUGCUCUGGGUCGUGUGGCUAGUCACUACUACAUUGCGCACGAUUCGAUUAGCACGUACAAUGAGUACUUGAAGCCGCACAUGUCCGACAUCGAGAUUUUGCGGCUAUUCUCGCUCUCGAACGAGUUCAAGUACGUGAUCGUUCGCUCUGAGGAGAAGCUAGAGCUUGUGAAGCUGCUGGAGCGUGUGCCUGUACCGGUGAAGGAGUCGUUGGUGUCCACUGCUCCGGGCAGUGUUGCUGCUGGAAGCGGCUCUGCAAAGGUGAACGUGUUACUGCAAGCUUACAUUUCUCGCCUCAAGCUGGAUGGCUUUGCACUGUUGGCAGACAUGGCACACAUUCACCAGUCGGCAGCGCGUAUUUUCCGAGCGCUGUUCGAGAUCUGUUUGACCCGCGGCUGGGCCUCACUGGCUGAGCGAAUGCUUAGCUUCUGCAAGAUGGUGGACAAGCGUAUGUGGCUUUCUCACUCGCCUCUCCGUCAAUUUGCCCCGGGAAUCUCGGAGACGAUUCUGAAGCGCAUCGAAAAGAAGGACAUUUCUUGGGAUAAGUACAACGACCUGGAGCCUGCGGACCUCGGCCAGCUGAUCAACAACCCGCAGUAUGGCAAGCAGCUCUACAAAAUGAUCCACCAGUUCCCGAAGCUUGAGCUCUCGGCUCAUGUGCAGCCGAUCACCCGCUCUAUGCUGAAGGUGGACCUGGUCGUGACCCCUGACUUCGAGUUCACGCGGGAAGUUCACGGUAAUGCUGAGGGCUUUUGGGUGUUUGUGGAGGACGUUGACGGGGAGACUAUCCUGCACCACGAGUGGCUGUUGAUUAAGCGCCGCUUUGCCUCCCAAGAGACCUAUCUGAGCUUCACGAUGCCGCUGUUCGAGCCUUUGGCACCGCUGUACUACAUCAAGGUUAUCUCGGACAAGUGGAUCCACUGUGAGAGCUCGCUGCCAGUGUCGUUCCACAAGCUUAUCUUGCCUCAGAAGAAUUCUCCACCGACCGAACUGUUGGACCUUCAACCCCUGUUCGUCAACAACAUCCUGCUGAAGCUUGUGGGCGGCAAAAAGAAAACCGCCGAGUCUGUUCUCAAGUCACUGUCGAACGCCCGCCAGGUGCCAAACCCAUGGCGGUUCAAGCGGUUCAACCCCAUUCAGACGCAAGUUCUUCCACGUUUGCUGGAGUCUGAGAGCAACCUGUUCAUUGGUUCGCCCCCUGGAAGCGGCAAGGGCGUGCUGACAGAACUUGCCAUCAUGAAGACGUUGCUUGCAUUGGGCCAGCCUGACCCUAAAAGUGAUGAGUUUGGCGAGCACUUGCUUGUGUAUCUAACUCCGAAGGAGUCUAGCUGCCAUGAAAAGUACGACGACUGGAAUGCCAAGUUCGGCGAGGAAAGCUUUUGGCGCCAGAAUGUCGUCGAGCUCACUGGUGACUCGACCGCAGACUUGCGGUUGCUUGCAAGCGCAAACAUCUUGAUUGCCACGCCGACGCAAUGGGAUGUGCUUUCUCGACGAUGGAAGCAGCGCAAACGCAUUCAGAACGUCAGUCUGCUGCUUUUGGACGAGGCUCACUUCGUGGGUGGCGGUGAAUACGGCCCCACGAUUGAGGUUGUGAUGUCGAGGAUGCGAUUCAUUGCCGCUGACAUGGACAAGAAGAAGAAGGCGGCUGGUGAGCGUGGUGGCCGGAUGCGAAUUCUAGCUAUGAGCAACUCCAUUGCGAACGCGCGUGACGUCGGCGAGUGGCUCGGCGCAAGCGCGUCGGAAGGCAUCUUCAACUUCCACCCGAAUGUCCGUCCGCAGCCGCUGGAGAUUCGCGUGCAGGGCUUUGAGAUCAACGACUUCUCAUCCCGCAUGCUGGCGAUGGCCAAACCUUUGUACAAUACUCUCGCAAACCAAGCGGAAAAGAAACCCGUUGUCGUGUUCGUGCCGUCGGCCAAGCAGGCCCAGCUGAGUGCGAUCGAUUUGAUCACCUUCGCGUUGGCUGAGAACGACCCGCAGAAAUUCGUAUCCCACUCUGCGAAGGACAAGGUGGAUCUCCCUCUGGAAGAUGCUGCGUUGCUACACACCAUGGAGAACGGCGUAGGCUACUGCACGGAUACCAUGGCUUCGCGGAAUCGUGAGUACGUCAUGCACCGUUUUGCAACGGGCAAGAUUCAGGUGUUGAUCGUUCCUCAGUCGAUGGCGUGGGAGCUGCGCAGCGCGCAGAUUAAUGCGUUCAUGGUGGUGAUUAUGGGAACUCAGUUCUACGACGGCCGGGAGCACCGCUAUGUGGACUAUCAACUGGCCGACGUGUUCCAGAUGACCAAGUUCGCCAACCACGCCGCGUCUCCGGCUGUGAAGUGCGUUCUCUUCUGCCACGCGUCCAAGAAAAAGUUUUACGCGAAGUUCUUGUACGACCCGCUUCCGGUGGAGUCUCAGCUCGAACACUUCUUGAGUGACCACAUUAACGCUGAGAUCGUUACCAAGACCAUUGAGAGCAAGCAGGACGCCGUGGAUUACCUCACGUGGACCUUUAUGUACCGCCGAUUCAUGAAGAACCCCAACUACUACAACUUGCAGGGCGCUACCAACGUCCACCUUUCGGACCACUUGUCGGAGCUUGUGGAAACGACGGUUAACGCACUGGAGGAGUCACGUUGUAUCCAGGUUGUUGAAGAAGAGGAAGACGACGAGAAUGAAGGCGAGGAGCGUCUUGUGCCGCUGAACCUGGGCAUGAUCGCCGCGUACUACUACAUCAAGUACACGACGAUCGAGCUGUUCGCAUGCAGUUUGAAGGCAGACUCAAAGGUGCGCGCGCUUCUCACGAUCCUGUCGUCUGCUACCGAGUUCAGCGACCUGCCGAGCCGCUACGGUGAGGACAAGAAGCUGGAGGGGCUGGCGAAGCACCUGAAGUUCCCGGUGGCUGCUGGAGGCGACUACGGACAGGCACACGUCAAGACGAACGUGCUGCUGCAGGCUCACUUCAGCAAGCAGCACGACCGUCUCAGCCCAGCGCUUCGCCAGGACCUGGACUUCAUUCUGCGCCACGCCGUGCGACUUCUCCACGCUAUGGUGGACGUGAUCAGUUCCAACGGAUGGCUCAAGCCCGCUCUGGCGGCCAUGGACCUCGCGCAGAUGGUUGUGCAGGCUCAGUGGAGCAGCGACUCACCGCUGCUGCAGAUCCCGUUCUUCACUCGGGAUAUGCUCAAGAAGUUAGGCGAGAUGGAGUUGGAAGAGGAGGUGGAGACACCGGUGGAUAUCCUGAGUAUGGAGGACGACGCCCGUGGCAAGCUGCUGCCUCUGGACACGCAGAAGAUGUCGGCCGUGGCCAAGUUCUGUAACGCGUACCCGGAUGUGACAGUGCAGACGAAGGUGCAGCAAGAUGGCAAGAACCUCCCGCAGGGCUCGGCUGUGAGCGUCAAGGUGCAGCUCGAGCGCGAGGGUGCCGACGAUGAGGACGAAGAGGAGGAAGAGCAGGACGAGUCCAAGGAGCUGGGGCUCGUGAACGCGUGCCACUACCCCGUCAAGAAGGCCGAGAACUGGUGGGUGGUGCUUGGCGACUCCAAAAAGAACACGCUGCUGAGCAUCAAGCGCGUGCCGUUCGCGAGUGCGCGGGCGAACGUGGCGCUGCAGUUCGCCGCUCCGGACGAGAUCGGCUCGCACACUUUCCAGCUCUACGUGAUCUGCGAUGGCUACGCUGGUUGCGAUCUCGAGAACGAGGUCAAGAUUUCUGUUGUCCAGGGAGAAGACACAGACGAAGAGGAGGAAGAGGACGAUGACGACGAGUAG